AUGGAUGUCACAUACGAUGAAUGGAAGCAGAUCCUGGCCGGACUCCUCGCUUACGUGCUUGCAGCUAUUGUCGCAGUGCCCGAUUACCUGCUCAAGUUGUGGCAGAGUUUUCGUAGAUUCUAUAGUAAGAUCUAUAUCUUUCUAAAUGUGUUUUCAAUUACCUAUGGCAUUAUGCUAUGUAAUAUCAAAAUAAGGAUCGAGCAGCUGGCCCUGAGCUACGAUCAAAUCUGUGCAUUGAAAUUAUGCGCUCUUCUAUGGUCCCUGAUAUUGGCCUUCCUGUGCUACUUCGGCUGUCUGGCGUCUAAGCUCAUACUCAACCAGUAUCGAGUCCAGGCUCUGGCCAGGCAGCGGUCACGUCAACUCUACAACUUUAAUCGCCAGCAGCAGCUAAAGAUGCAAAACCGCAUGCUGUAG